AUGGCAACAGAGAAAUUUGACGUGGUUGUUGUGGGUACGGGAUGGAACGGCCUAAUUUCCGCCAAGACAUAUCUCGACUUUGCGCCCAAGGCCAACUUGGUUCUUCUGGACGAUCAAGCAUCUAUUGGAGGUGUCUGGUGCGCCGAAAAGAUUUACCCCAGUCUCUUUGCCCAGAUCAAGUAUGGCCUGUUCGAAUAUUCCUUCUAUCCAAUGCAGAGAGAAGGCAUCACUUCGGAUGGGUAUAUCUCAGGCGAUACAAUCAACAAAUACUUGAACGACUUUGCCAAGGACUACGACUUGGUCAGAAGAUGUCGGUUGCGGACCAAGGUCGUCAAGGUGGAUCGUAUGUCGGGAGAGGGCUGGAGGCUGGAGUUUGAAGGCCGCCCGGCUAUCGAGUGUACAAAGCUCAUCUAUGCUUCGGGGGCAACUUCACACCCAGUGAUCCCCUCGUGGCCCAAGACGGGUUUCAACUCACCCAUCAUCCACUCCUCGGAGACGGGCACGCAUCUUGCGGCAUUAGACAAGAUACAGACUGCGACCGUGGUUGGGGCCGCCAAGUCUGCAUACGACACCGUCUUUCUCCUCUUGAAGGCUGGAAAACGAGUCAACUGGGUGAUACGGAAAGAUGGGUCUGGACCCCUAGCCAUCAUGCCGCCCACCAUUCUCGGCGUUGUCAACACGAUGGAUGCCGUUGCGACCCGCAUGGUUGCCGUGUUGGGGUCCAGCAUAAUGCACACAGAGGGUGUCAUGUAUCAGUUCUUUCAAAAGACACUUCUUGGGCGGACGCUCGCCAGGGGGUUUUGGAGGACACUGACGUCGAUUGCGGAAAUGCAUGCUGGGUACGCCAGAUCUCCCAAUGCACAGAAGCUACGACCGCUUCCGCAUGGCAUUGGAAUAUUCUGGGCCAACGCUGGCUUGGGAGCUGCCAGUGUUCCUGACUUCUGGAAGGUCUUCCACGCCGGCGACUGCACCGUCCACAGGACCGAAGUGGCGUCGCUGACCGACGGCAACGUCGUGACACUCCACGACGGCGCUCAGUUCGACACCGACUACAUGAUCCUCUGCACCGGCUUCGAUAAAUCCUACCAGCCCUUCAGCCCCGAACUGCAACGCGAGUGCGGUCUGCAGGCCGAACCGUCCGACCAAGCGAAAUGGGCCAGCCUCGAAGCCAGGGCCGAAACUAGGGUCGACGAGCUGCUGCCAGCAAUUAAGAAUCCUCCCCUGACAAAAGCUGGAGGCGACCCCGAGCGCGAGAAACACCUGGCCCACGGUCCGAGUCGACAUUAUCGACGCCUCAUCGCCCCUGGCCUUGCUGCUCAGGGAGAUAGGUCCAUCUUCUUUCCCGGUUUCAUCCACUCUAUCUACACGCCGCUCGUCUCCGAGGUGCAGGCGCUGUGGGGGGUUACCUUUUUGCUCGGUCUCAAUGAUAUUCCCAACCAGGCUGAUAUGGAGCAGGAGGUGGCGGAGUGGAAUGUAUGGUCGCGCAAGCGGUAUCUGGUACAGGGAAGGAAGCAUGCAUAUGCUAUAUAUGAUUUCCUCUCGUACAUUGACACGCUUCUCGGCGACCUGGGCGUCGACCCGCCGCGCAAGGGAAAUUUGGUUGAGGAAUUGUUUCUCCCGGUGUACCCGCGGGAUUACCGAGGGCUGAUUGAUGAUUUUCAUCGUGUCCAUAUCAGGAGACGAAUGAAGGGAAUGGCGUGA